AUGCACAUGUUUCUCUCAAGACUGUCCACCGAAGAAGCGGUUAAGACAAGUGCCGUAUCGAGGCAAUGGGUGGAUUUAUGGAGAUGUAGGCCAACUCUCGAAUUGGAUAUGAGAAAGCUCAUGCACACAACCCCUACUAGGCUUAUGCACGAAGUUUCUAUUGAGUUCGCUAGUUCAAUGACUAAGGUUAUAAAAGAACACUGUGGCGACCUAGAGAGCUGCGUUAUACAUCACUACUCAUCCCAGUGUCAAGACGGUACGGUCGAAAGUUGGAUCGACACAGUGAUUCGCGAGAAACACACAAAGGAUCUCACACUCGUAAACCAUCUAAUUGGUUGUGUGAGACAUCACUAUGAGCCUACUGUGCUUUACUUGCUCCCAAACUCAUUUUCGCAUCGUAGCCUCACUUCAUUGUCACUUCGUCGAUUCAGACUAGUAAGUACACAUGCCUUCAAGAAUUGCUCGAAUCUGAAGAUCCUGAAGUUGUUAAGCAUCGCCAUCUCCGAAGCUGAUGUCCUUAGCAGAGUUUUCGCAGCUUGCUCUUCCCUCGAGGUGAUUGUAUUAGAGAUUCAUUGCUUAACUCGACGUGGUGUGUUAAAGAUCGUGAACAACAAUUUAAAGUUCUUACAAGUGACUUCUUAUAACAAGAUUGAUAGGAUUGAAGUGCAUGCAACUUGUCUACAUGUUCUUGACAUAAAAUUUAUUAGAUGUGAGAGAGAUAACUUCAUCCUCGUUGCCCCUAACGUCCGGUUUAACAGAAACUACUGGAUUGCUCGCGGUUAUCCUUAUGCUCACAUAAGCUACGACAUUUCUGAUCUCCCUCAGGAGAAAAAAAGCGUUUGGCAUGAUCUUAUGGUGAAUGACAUUAAUGAUAAGAAACGUCAUGGAUCUUUAUCCGUGAGUAUUGACAUAUCUAAUCCGAAAGAAGUGGAUAUACUCAAGGAAGUAUUGCUUAUGUGGGGUGACGAAAUGAAAGAGCUUGAGAUUUUGUUUAAGGAGAACAAUGCUUAUAGAGAAGAAGGAGAACGUUCUAUCAAUUGUACAUCACAUGAAAAAUUGUGGGAGAACACAAAACCGUUCCCUAACACUGACUUUCGCGUUUCUACUGUGCGGAUGUAUAAUUUCAGCGGUUCGAAUCAAGAAGAAUUUGCGUUUGCUUCACAUUUUGUGAUGCAAAAUAUGGUGAUUGAAAAGAUGAUGAUCAAGACGUCGUCAUUUUCUCCGAUGAAGAAGUUAAAGGUGGAAGCAGAUGUGACCAAGCUAAUAGAACUUUCUAAAGGUAAUGAAGAUCUUAGCAUCGAAUGCUUUUGA